AUGGGCAACGCUCUUACCACAGCAACUGUGUCGGCGGCUGACGUGAUAACACCGUUAUCUCAACAAAUCUCUAAGUCAGAAUCUCAUGGAACGAAGGGGACACAAAGUAAACCGCCAGCAGAAUGCCCCAUGCAUAACUCAAGUCAAUUUAACACUAUAAACUACGUUAGUGAAUGUCCAAUAGACAAAAUGGAUGAAAGCCAGAUAAAUCCACUAAAUAUGAUGCCACCAGCAAAUCAGCAACCUGCUCCAGACCAACCGUUUCCCUUGCCAACAGACAGACAAGUUUCGACAAUACCUAAAGCAACGGGACAGGAAGGAGAAUUUUGGGUAUAUCCGUCUCAACAAAUGUUCUGGAAUGCUAUGUUGAGAAAGGGAUGGCGAUGGAAGAACGAAGAUAUAUCUCCGAAAGAUAUGGACGAUAUAAUAAAAAUUCACAAUGCCAAUAACGAGCAGGCUUGGCAAGAAGUUCUCAAAUGGGAAGCCCUUCACGCGCGAGAGUGUGGCAAUCCCAGACUGCGCAGCUUUGGUGGGAAAGCGACUAAGUACUCUCCACGCGCGCGUAUUCGCCAUUGGUUGGGGUACGAACUGCCAUUCGAUCGACACGAUUGGAUUAUAGAUCGUUGCGGAAAAGACGUAAGAUAUAUUAUUGAUUAUUAUGACGGUGGAAAAGUCGAUGAAAAGUACACAUUCGCGUUACUCGAUGUGAGACCUGCGAUGGAUUCGUGGGAAAAUAUCUGGGAUCGGAUGAAAGUGGCAUGGUGGCGUUGGAAAUAUCAAUCUAAUGAUGAACCAGUGUCUACUGCCACUGUACAUUAGUCUGGAAAUUAGUGUCAAUAUAAGAUGUGCUAGCCAAGGAAUUUUAUUGAAUUCAAAAUUAAUGCCUUAAUGAUGAUGUGCAACAUAACGCUUAUUACAUGGUGAGAAAACGAUCGCGUUAUACAUAUAACUUAUAAGUCCAUAUAUAAGUUAUAUAAAAAUCAUGAAUAAUAAGUAUAUAAAGUUAUGAUAUUUAGUUUAAAAAAUAUCAAAGUAAAUAUUAAAGCGAAUUAAAAAGUAUUCGUACAUGAUAAUAAAUAAAUUUUAUAUAUAUUGUAAUAUAUGUGUAUACACGUCUUUUUCGUCCAUUAUACAUAAAUCAAUUGAAAUUUACUUCUGCAAUGUCAGGUAAUUAUUUCAGCAACAGAGUGUGAAAAGGACAAAAGUGUAAAAAAAUAAUUUAACUACGAACUUUAUUUUGAACCAUAAAAUUAUAUAUUGUAAAUCAAUUUAAUUUAUGUAAAAGUACUUCCAAAUACUUAAUUUUGUGAUUACAUAAGUUUCUUUGUUAAUGUUAGGAAUUUACUGCCAAUAUUAACAUUGAAUAUUCUCUAUUUAACUCUUAAUGUUAAGUAUUUCUAGAUUAUAAAAUAAUUGUAUAUAGAUUUAUCUCAUAGAUUAUAAUGUUAAGGUUUCAUGAGUGCAUAUCUCUGAUUUUAUAUUCAUGAUUGUAUUAUUUUUUAAAAUUUAGUAAUUACUGUCUUUUCCAUCAUCAUAAAAAGCCAGGAGAGUAUAUUGUGAGAAUUGCCCUUGUGGACUUCAAAUUAAUUUAUUUAAAAAUAAUAAAUCAGAAAUAUUAAAUUAUUCAUAUUUUUGCUAUACAAAUUAUUUAAUUACACAUUUUAAAUAAAUAAUUUGAUUAAUAUUGUUCACCGUUGUACAUUGUAUAUUAUUUUAUUGUCAACAUAUAGCUCUCCAUUUACCUUUUAUACAAUAUUUAUUAGCAGAAUAUUUAAUAACUUUAUAUAUCUUGUACAUAGACUAAUGUAUAUGUAUAUGUACAUUUUUUAUCAUGAAUUAUCAUGAAUAAUCGAAUUUGAGGAUUGUUUAAUAAUAAAAAAAAAAAGAAUAAUUAUGACAUAAAAGUUAAACUUAUUAUUGUAAUUGAACAAUCAUAUACAAGUUUGCAUUAGAAUAAAAAUAUAAAUUUGAAAUACAAGAAUAAUGUGUGAUAUUUUCUUCUAAUACAUGAAUAACUUAAUUUGAAAUAUAAACACUCAUAUUGAUGAGAUUUAUGUUUACAACUGCUUAAAAUUAUAUAAUUAUUCUAUGAAUUUCUUAAUCAUAAUUUUAUGUGUGUGUGUGUGUGUGUGUGUGUGUGUGUAAUACUGAAUUAAAAAAUUGUACUUUAUUUUCUGUUUAAGAAUGUAUGUAGCAUUAAUUGUUGGAAAAAUAUUUCUGUCUUUAUAAAUUGUUCACAUAUAUUAAAGGCAGUUAUUGGGAGCUAUAUUCUUCAUUGAUAUAAUGUGUGUAAAUUGAUAAACAUUAAUCUUUCCUAGUAACAUAUCAAACAGUUGAAA